UGAGUUUGUUUACAAUUGUCAACAUUUAAUUUCUAUUCAAUUUUUGUAUCUAAAAUGUUCAAUUUGUGUUUCUCAUGUACAACCGAUUUCCACCGAUCUUAAUUUUAUCGAAUUGAUUGAAAUGAGUGACCCAACUGAGAACAACCAACCGGGUAAAAGUGAUACAAUCGGUGGUUUAUUGCAUAAAUAUACAAACGUAGUCAAGGGUUGGCAAUACCGUUGGUUUGUUUUAACACCUUCAAGAUGUACAUUGGAAUAUUAUAUGCCAGACGAGAGGAAAAAAGCUCAUGCCAGAGGAUGUAUUUACUUGGCAGGAUCAGUUAUUGCUCCAAGUGACGAGGACAGUCAAACGUUUACCGUUAGCGCGGCUUCGGGUGAAACCUACAAAUUAAAGGCGAGCGAUGCCAAUGAAAGGCAGCAGUGGGUCAAUCGAUUGCGUCAAGUGGCUUUAGCUCAUGAGACAAAUUUGGAGAGAUUAAACAAUUGCGAUUCUAAAGCUCAAGAAGAGACAAAAUCAUCACUUGCCGCUGUCACGGAUACACUUAUGAAAGCACAGAAAACCCAAAGAGCCUUAAACAGUUCAAUCGAAGCUUUUACUUGUACCGAUCAGAACCUUUGACCCUUAAAUCGCUGGCAUCAUCUACUGUCAUGUCACUUGAACAAUGUUUCGUCAUAUUACAUUCGAUUGAGGGAAGGCGUCUCAGCUCCAAAUGAUACUAUUAACAUGGACACUCUAAAUGUCGAUUUCGAAAACGGGUCCAAUCUAAUCAAUAUUUUUUUCUCUUCAUCUAAAUUGCAACACGAACCCUAUUGUUCAUCAAAUUGUCCGUUCAUUUUAAUUUGUUGAUCAGCUCAUUUUUUAUGGUUGCAGCAACUAAUUCGUGAUAAUAUUUAAUUAUUGUUAAGCUUCAACACCAAAUUUGCUGAUUAAAUAUGAAAACAAAGCAAA